AUGAGUGUGAAGAGUCAAAUAAUCAAGAAGGAUAUUGUAAGUGCCAGAGCUGUUGAAACGAUUGAUAUUAUCAUCAAAGAUAUUAAUGAUACAUUCUUUUCAAUUUUAGUUGAUGAAUCUCAAGUUAUCUCAGUGAAGGAGCAAAUGCUACUGUUUUACAUUAUUUUUGAUAAGACGAGACAUGUGGUUGAACGUUUUAUUAGGAUUGAACAUGUUUUCAGUACUACAGCUCUAUCACUUAAAGCUGCUAUAGAUAAAUUAUUUUCAAGAUAUGGGUUGAGUAUAUCCAGAUUGCGAGGUCAAGGUUAUGAUGGGGCGAGUAAUAUGCAAGCUCUUGUAGCUAUAACAAAGAAGCAUAAGAAAGUCCAAACGCUCUUUAAUUUGGUUUCUAGCAUGGUGAAUAUUGUUGGAGCUUCUUCUAAACAUUGUGCAUGUUUAUGCCCCGGUGAUUCAUUCUCUGCUUUUGACAAGGAUAAAUUAAUUCGUCUUGCUAAGUAUUAUCCUAAGGAUUUUUCAAAGGGACAGUUUAUGACACUUGAUGAUCAGCUUCGAAACCAUAUUGUUGAUAUGCACUCUAACAAGGAGUUCAGAGAAUUGAAAGGACUUAGUGAACUUGCAUUGAAGUUGGUUGAGACCAAAAGAAAUAAAGUGUAUCUAUUAGUUUACAUGCUUGUAACUUUAGGAUUAACUCUUCCAGUUGCUACUGCUUCAGUUGAAAGAGUAUUUUCUGUUAUAAACAUUGUGAAGAAUCGACUGCGUAAUCAGAUUGGAGACCAAUGGAUGAAUGAUAGCUUAGUUGUGUAUGUGGAAAAAGAGGUAUUUAACGAAAUCGAUAACAAGACUAUUAUAAGGUGUUUUCAAAGUAUGAGAAGCCAUAAGGAAAAAUUGUAA